CCCCCUUGACUGACAGGUUGCCCACCUCCCCCAACCCCACUCCGCUUCGCAGUAGACGGACAGAGGAGUCGAAGUGGUCGAGACUUUUGCGGCCCCGGCGUGCCGGAAAAGUAGACAGAAAAGAAUGACCAGACUUUGGAAGAAAGCUCAGAAGUGACAGAGACAAAAGCAAGCAGAAAAGCAAUUUGAAGUAAAACAGCUCAGAAGUGAUAGAGACAAAAGCAAGCAGAAAAGCAAUUUGAAGUAACACAACAGAAAAUUUCAAGAAAGCAAGAAUCAGUGAACUUGGAAAGAAAAAAUGCCUACAUAGUAUGCUUGUUAUGUGAAUUAGCUCAUUAACUAGUAGUAUGUUAUGCAUAAAAGUGGAUAAUUUACAUGAUAAAUGAAAAUGGCCAAUUCUUUAAGAGGAGAAGUACUAAAACUUUAUAAAAAUCUGCUGUAUCUUGGACGAGACUAUCCAAAAGGAGCAGACUAUUUUAAAAAGCGUUUGAAGAACAUUUUCCUUAAAAACAAAGAUGUGAAGAAUCCAGAGAAGAUCAAAGAACUUAUUGCACAGGGCGAAUUUGUAAUGAAAGAGCUAGAAGCCUUGUACUUCCUUAGGAAAUACAGAGCUAUGAAACAACGCUAUUAUUCAGAUACCAACAAAACUAAUUGAUCAAUACUACCUUAAUUUAGCUGACAAUCAGUGCCAGCUGUUUAUGUAUACCAGAUGUUGUAAAAUAAUUCUAACUUAAAAUGGGAAGAUAUACAUGUUGUGUAAAAAAUCCCUGAGCUGCCCUACUGAACUAAAUAGGUUUCAACUUCUGUUCAUACUGAGAAAUUAUCAGCAACUUUAUGCUCAAUUCUGAUACAAACAUAGCAAUUUAGCUAUACCACCGAUUAUAAAUUAAUGAGCACCCAGUUUUGAAUGAAAAUAUAAUAUACUUAAUCCUGUAACUUAAUAGGACUUAGCCAAUUAUUUUUAGCUUAUUUCUCCACUUUACUGACAAGAGAAUGCCAUUUACCGAACAUUUAAUAAGCAAAAUAAUUUCUUACACACUUACUUAACUUUUGAAAGGAAUCCCUUAUUUUUUCACCCAAUUUGGUGUAUUAACAGCACAUACUCAAGGUUCACUACAAAACAGUUCCUGGUAAUGAUUUAAAUGUAGUUAUAGAAAUAAUAUGUAUGGAGUGAUUACUUCUGACCUUGAAAUAGCCUGCUGGUGACUGGCAUUACAUACAUAACUAUUCAAUUAUUUCCAUUAUUAAUGUUGCUGCUGCUACCUUUGGGCUUAAAACCAAGUCACCUGUUGUGUAUCAAUUACCUUCUUUGAUAAAAGGAAAUAAAUAAUGUUAUCCUA